UUUGGUACCAGGAAUCCAACCUCUAUAAAAUCUAAAAAGCAUAAACUCAACAGUAUCGUUCUCUCUCCUCCAAGCGAACUGAAAGAAUCUCUCAUCACAUUCAGUUGUUUAUGAUUCAUACGUAAUAAGAAGAUGAAUUGCCUUACAAAUCUUUCAAGAUCCUAUUCAGCUUUGCCUUUACGUAGCUUCAAAUGUAAAGCUUCAAUUUAUCCGAGCUUUGUCAAUAUGAAGGGAUUGGUGAACGCUAUUGAUCUUCGAGGAAGUUGUUUAGUAAAGGCAACUUCUAGUCCUACACCUAGUACCAACAUAGAUGAUGCCAAAAAAGAGGAGAAAUCUGAUGUUUACAGUACAAACAUGACAGAAGCAAUGGGUGCUGUUUUGACUUACAGGCAUGAGCUUGGAAUGAAUUACAGCUUCAUUCGUCCAGACUUAAUUGUUGGGUCAUGUCUACAGACUCCUGCAGAUGUUGACAAGCUUCGGAGUAUUAAAGUCAAAACUGUAUACUGCUUGCAGCAAGACUCAGAUCUCGAAUAUUUUAGUGUGGACAUCAAUGCCAUUCGUGAAUAUGCCACCACAUUCGAUGACAUUCAACACCUACGUGCUGAAAUAAGAGAUUUUGAUGCCACUGAUUUGCGGUUGCGUCUUCCUGCUGUGGUGAGCAAAUUGUACAAAGCUGUUAAUCAAAAUGGUGGAGUAACUUACGUACAUUGCACAGCUGGACUUGGAAGAGCUCCUGCAACUGCUUUGGCAUACAUGUUCUGGGUUCAAGGGUAUAAGCUCAAUGAUGCACUCAGUUUACUCCUGAGUAAACGUAAAUGUUUCCCAAAUGUGGAUGCUAUAAAAAGUGCAACCGCUGACAUUCUUACAGGCCUAAAAACAAAAUCAGUCACGCUGACAUGGAACGGUGAUAAUUGUUCUUCAGUAGAACUAGCUGGACUUGAUGUUGGAUGGGGUCAGAGAAUUCCAUUAAAAUAUGAGGAGAAAAAUGGUUCAUGGAUCCUUCAUAGAGAUUUGCUUGAGGGGCGUUAUGAGUACAAGUACAUAGUUGAUGGUGAAUGGAUGACCAAUAAAUACGAAUCGCUUACUCCUGUUAACAAGGAUGGCCAUGUCAACAACUAUAUCCAGGUAGUGGGUAAUGAUCCAGAGAGUGUAGAUUUAUGGACAAGAUUGGGGGAUGAUGAUUUUGAUCUAACGGACAGUGAGCGAGAGACGAUAAAAAGGGUUUUGGAUGAGUAUCCCGAUGAUGAGUAACCAACCGUAUAUCUACAUGUAGCAUUGUGAAUCACUUCAUGGUUUGCCUACUUGUUUUUUGUAUAAUCACAUGUAUAUGUAAGAUUGUGAUAUCAUAUGUUUGCUUUGUUGCAUUGGUGGUCCCUAAAGAAUAGUUUCAUUA